UAUACCGCCAUCUCUUACAAUACAAAAAGGAAUCUGAUAAUCAAAUGGCAAACAAAUCCAAGGGCAAAAACAGCUUUUGGAUAAGAAACUGCAAAACUGUUUCACCAUAGCCAACGAAGAAAGAAAUGCUUAUUUCAAAGCGCUAUGCUUUUUCUUUAUUUACUUUGCUCGCUAUGACUUUCAUCAUGUGCUGCAUUAAUUAUGGGAAAGAAUGGAGAAGCCUGAAGUCGGUACCAUUUUCAAACACGUCUAUGCUUUUGGAUGCUGCAUGUGAGGCUUUAAUUCACAAAAAUAAAUAUUUCUUAUGGGGAAAUGCUGAGGGAAAAACACCCUUUACCAAAAACAUGGACUGUGGUGAAUAUAUGAGACAAAACCACUACAUCACCUCCCCGUUGUCAGAUGAGGAAGCUGCCUUCCCUAUAGCCUAUAUAAUGACACUGCAUAAGGAAUUCCAUACGUUUGAGAGGCUGUUUAGGUCCAUAUAUAUGCCCCAGAAUGUAUACUGUAUUCAUGUAGAUGAGAAGGCAAAUGCUGAUUUUAUAUUGGCUGUGCAUAGUUUAGUGGACUGUUUCCCAAAUGUUUUUCUGUCCUCUAAAAUGGAGCCUGUGGUGUAUGGUGGAAUAUCAAGACUCCAGGCUGAUCUGAACUGCAUGAAAGACCUGGUGGCAGCAGGUGUCAAAUGGAAAUACGUUAUAAACACAUGUGGUCAGGAUUUCCCUUUGAAGACAAACAAAGAAAUAAUACAAUAUCUUAAAAAAUGGAAUGGGAAAAACAUUACACCUGGGGUGCUGCCCCCAAAUCACGCGAAGCCUAGAACACUAUAUGUUCAUAUUGAAGAUAUUGUUAAUUCUCGUGUUAAGAGAACCCGGAUUAAAAAAACUUCCCCACCGCAUAAUAUAUCCAUAUACUUUGGUACAGCAUAUGUUGCACUCUCAAGGGAGUUCGCACAGUUUAUACUGGAAGACAAGAGAGCCACUGACCUGCUGAAAUGGUCAAAGGAUACUUACAGCCCCGAUGAACAUUACUGGGUGACACUGAACAGAAUACCUGAUUUUCCUGGUUCAAUGCCAAAUGCUUCAUGGGAAGGUGACCUUAGGGCCAUAAAAUGGAGUGAUGACAAGACUCACGAUGGUUGUCACGGCCGAUACGUAAGAGCUGUUUGUGUCUAUGGGACUGGGGAUUUGGGAUGGUUAUUCAAUUCAACAAAGAUGUUUGCCAAUAAAGUUGAAUUAAAGAGCUACCCUCCUACUGUGGAAUGCCUGGAACUGAGGCUACGACAACGAACUUUAAAACAAAGUAAAAUGGAAAUGGAACCACACUGGGUUUUUUAGAUAAUGCCAAAUACUUGAAAAAUUGCCACUACUGUAAAGAUCAUCGUAUCACACAGAAGACUAUACUACCUAACAAAAAGAAUGGCUAUUUUAAAAAAUGUAAAGUAUAUUUUUUUGUACAAUUGAUAAAAUAGGACAUUUUGUUAAAUGUAUCUUUUGUACAACAUUUCUCCAACAGCGAAUUUGUUGUUUUAAGGUAUAUUUCUCUUAUUUUGUUUUUGUGUAUUUUUAGAGCUUUGAACAUUUGAUCAAAAUGAUUGAAUAUUUUAUUUAAUGGGAAUGUUUACAACAAGGAACACUGGCCUACUUUUGCCUGCACAAUGAAAUACACUUGCAAGCUUCAUAUUUUUAAAGAAGCUGUCCCAAAUUCACUCUUCCUUAUUCCUGAAUGAGGAAGUCAGGUGUAUGUAUUUAUUAUUUUGGUGCACUAUAUAUUUUAUCCAUAGGGCCAGGUGUGUGUUCGUUUUCUUGUGAUGACAGGGUUUUUUUUCACCGUCUUUUAUCGUACCAAUGUAAAAAUAAAUCUUUUUAAAGUU